AACAAAGUGAAAGUAGUUCUACAGCUCAAGUCUGCACCCCAGUCGUCGUGCUGCAGACUUGAUGAAUCUGUUUCAUUCAACAAAGGUCCAAAACAGACAGAUGUUAUAAGCUAAGAUCAAGAUACAGAGAGAAAGAAAAACAUGAAUAAAAGGAAAUGGAGAGGGCAUAUCACCAGCGAGACAGAGGAUGAGGAGGAGGAAGAUCAAGCAGGACCUUCUUCUCAAGUCAAACUCAGUCAGAAGAAACAGAAACUCCAGAGAUCCAUGACUCACGUGAUGGACUCUGAUCCAGAUGGGAAGAAGAAGAGGAGCAGAGACUCCAAAGGGCGUGUGUCCUCAUCUGGCUCUGACAGAUGGACACCAAAACAGGUAGAGGUCCAUGAGAAAUUCCGGUCUGCACUGAAGAGCAAGUUUCAGCAUCUGAAUGAGGGAGUACCUAAUCAGGGAGAAUCCAGACUCCUCCAGGAGAUCUACACAGAGCUCUUCCUAACAAAGGGAGGAGGAGGGGUCAAUGAGGAACAUGAGGUCAGACAGAUCGAGAGAGCAUCUAUUACAAACGCAUCUUGGGGAGAAUCAGCACAAGACAGACCAAUCAAAUGCAGUGACAUCUUUAAAACUUUAUUGGAUGAUGAUGAUGAUGAUGAUGAUGAUGAUGAUGUGUCUUAUAUGUCUGAUAAUACAUCUGAUGAGUCUGAUGAUACAUUUGAUCAAUGUGAUGAUGCGUCUGAUGAAUCUGAUCACAGACAACACAAACCCAUCAGAACAGUGCUGACAAAGGGAGUGGCGGGCAUUGGGAAAACAGUCUCUGUGCAGAAGUUCUGCCUGGACUGGGCUGAAGGAGAAACCAAUCAGGAUGUCCACUUCAUAUUUCCUCUUCCUUUCCGAGAGUUGAACCUGAUGAAGGACAACAAACUCAGUCUGGUGGAGCUUCUUCAGCACUUCUUCCCAGAAAUAGAAGAUUCAAAAAUCUUCACCAGUUCAGAGUACAGAGUCAUGUUCAUCUUUGAUGGUCUGGAUGAGUGUCGACUUCCUCUAGAUUUCCACUCCAACCUGAUAUGUUCUGAUGUGACAGAGCCAGCCUCAGUGGAUGUGCUGCUGACAAACCUCAUCAAGAAGAAUCUGCUUCCCUCUGCUCUCCUCUGGAUCACCACUCGACCAGCAGCAGCCAAUCAGAUCCCUCCUGAGUGUGUGGACCAGGUGACAGAAAUGAGGGGAUUUGAUGACCCACAGAAAGAGGAUUACUUCAGGAAGAGAAUCAGUGAUGAGAACCUAGCCAGCAGAACCAUCACACACCUGAAGUCAUCCAGGAGCCUCUACAUCAUGUGCCACAUUCCAGUAUUUUGCUGGAUUUCAGCCACGGUGGUAGAGAGAGCAUCAGUUGAAUCAGACAAACUCGAAGUGCCAAGAACUCUCACUCAAAUGUAUACUCGCUUCCUGAUCAUUCAGACUUGCAUCAAAAAAGAAAAGUACACAGAGAGAAAAGAGACAGAUGAAGAGAUGAUUUUCAAACUGGGGAAACUGGCUUUUCAACAGCUGGAGAAGGGCAAUCUGAUCUUCUAUGACGAAGACCUGAGAGAAUGUGGCAUUGAUGUCACAGAAGCAUCAGUGUACUCAGGAGUGUGUACCCAGAUCUUCAGAGAGGAGUCUGGGCUGUACCAGGGCAAGGUGUUCAGCUUUGUGCAUCUGAGCAUUCAAGAGUUUCUUGCAGCUUUGUAUGUGUUCAUAUGCUUCAGAAACAGAGAGGGAAGCAUGUCUGACCAACAGUCAACCUCUCAGCUCUCUGCGCUAUUCAGAGCUGCGACAUUGCAUGACCUACACAAGACUGCAGUGGACCUGGCCUUACAGAGUAAAAAUGGACACCUGGACCUUUUCCUCCGCUUCCUUUUGGGCCUGUCACUGGAGUCCAAUCAGAAUCUCUUAAUGCACCUACUGCCACAGACAGGUAGUCAACCACAGAGCUAUGAGCACACAGUCCAGUAUAUCAAGCAGAAGAUCAGAGAUGAGGAUGAUUCAGACAGACAGAUCAAUCUGUUCUACUGUCUGAAUGAGCUGAAUCAGCAUGCUGUAGUGGAGGUGAUUGACAGGAGCUUGGGAACUCUGUCUGUAGUCACAUUCUUACCAGGACAAUGGAAGACUAGUAGAUUUAGGUUUAAGAUUCCAGAGGAGCAGCUGGAUGAGUUUGACCUGCAGAAGUACAUAAAGACACCAGGGACUGAUCAGACUGAACUCCUCAGUCCAGAUGAAGUUCUUCAGAGGCUGGUUCCAGUGGUCACAGCAUCCACAUCAGCUACGCUGUUGCAGUGUUCCCUCACAGAGAAGAGCUGUGCUGCGAUAGCGUCAGCUGCCAGAUCAAACUCCUGCAGUAUGAAGGAGCUGAACCUGAGUGGCAAUAAGCUUCAUGAUGCAGGAGUUCAGCAUCUCUCAGAGCUCCUCAAGAAUCCCCACUGCAAACUGGAGACACUAAUGCUGUUUGACUGUUCCCUCACAGAGAAGAGCUGUGCUGCGAUAGCGUCAGCUGCCAGAUCAAAUUCCUGCAGUUUGAAGGAGCUGCACCUGAGUCUCAAUGAGCUUCAUGAUGCAGGAGUUCAGCAUCUCUCAGAGCUCCUCAAGAAUCCCCACUGCAAACUGGAGACACUAGGGCUGAUGCGUUGUUCCCUCACAGAGAAGAGCUGUGCUGCGAUAGCGUCAGCUGCCAGAUCAAACUCCUGCAGUUUGAAGGAGCUGAACCUGAGUCAGAAUGAGCUUCAUGAUGCAGGAGUUCAGCAUCUCUCAGAGCUCCUCAAGAAUCCUCACUGCAAACUGGAGACACUAGAGCUGAGUAAGUGUUCCCUCACAGAGAAGAGCUGUGCUGUGAUAGCGUCUGCUGCCAGAUCAACCUCCUGCAGCUUGAAGGAGCUGAACCUGAGAUACAAUGAGCUUCAUGAUGCAGGAGUUCAGCAUCUCUCAGAGCUCCUCAAGAAUCCCCACUGGAAACUGGAGACACUAGUGCUGGUUGAGUGUUCCCUCACAGAGAAGAGCUGUGCUGUGAUAGCGUCAGCUGCCAGAUCAAACUCCUGCAGUUUGAAGGAGCUGAACCUGAGUAACAAUGAGCUUCAUGAUGCAGGAGUUGAGCAUCUCUCAGAGCUCCUCAAGAAUCCCCACUGCAAACUGGAGAAACUAAUGCUGGUUAAGUGUUCCCUCACAGAGAAGAGCUGUGCUGCGAUAGCGUCAGCUGCCAGAUCAAACUCCUGCAGUUUGAAGGAGCUGGACCUGAGUAACACCAAUUGCCUCCAAUCACCUGCGGACGAGAAACGAGAGAAGCACAGCCGGGGAAGAGGCAAGGCCAGGGGCCUGUAA